UGCGGACCUCGCCAGCUGCAGCCGGCGCCUCCGCCACUCCCGGGAGCAUGAAGGACCGAACCCAGGAGCUCCGCACGGCCAAGGACAGCGACGAUGAUGAUGAUGUCACUGUCACUGUGGACCGAGACCGCUUCAUGGAUGAGUUUUUUGAACAGGUGGAGGAGAUCCGUGGCUUCAUUGACAAGAUCUCGGAGAACGUGGAGGAGGUGAAACGAAAGCACAGCGCCAUCCUGGCCUCCCCCAACCCCGAUGAGAAGACGAAAGAGGAGCUGGAGGACCUCAUGGCCGACAUAAAGAAGACAGCCAACAAAGUUCGUUCCAAGUUGAAGACCAUUGAGCAGAGCAUCGAGCAGGAAGAGGGACUCAACCGCUCAUCCGCCGACCUGAGGAUCCGGAAGACACAGCACUCCACACUGUCCCGGAAGUUUGUGGAGGUCAUGUCGGAGUACAACGCCACGCAGUCUGAUUACCGGGAGCGUUGCAAGGGCCGCAUCCAGAGGCAGCUGGAGAUCACUGGCCGGACCACCACCAGUGAGGAGCUAGAGGACAUGCUGGAAAGUGGAAACCCAGCUAUCUUUGCAUCGGGGAUCAUCAUGGAUUCCAGCAUCUCGAAGCAGGCGCUGAGCGAGAUUGAGACCCGGCACAGUGAGAUCAUCAAGCUGGAGAACAGCAUCCGAGAGCUGCACGACAUGUUCAUGGACAUGGCCAUGCUUGUGGAGAGCCAGGGUGAGAUGAUUGACAGGAUCGAGUACAACGUGGAGCACUCGGUGGACUAUGUGGAGAGGGCCGUGUCUGACACCAAGAAGGCCGUCAAGUACCAGAGCAAGGCCCGCCGGAAGAAGAUCAUGAUCAUCAUCUGCUGCGUGGUCCUGGGCAUCGUCAUUGCCUCCACCUUCGGAGGCAUCUUUGGAUAG